AUGUCAAAAAAGUCUGUUCCUUUAAGCGAAAUAGUACAACAAGCAGUAAGCGACUUAAACCCGUCGCCACCCGUCCAACGAUUCCAAGUCCUUGCAAACCUCACAUUAAAGGUCGAAGCGUCGUGUAAGCCCCUUCGCUCGCAAAUGAUUGAGAAGAUGAAAAAGUACAUAGACAAGAACAUCAGCGAUAAAGAGAUGUUCUACGUCUUUUGUUUAUGCGACCAUUUAGUCGUUAAUUCGCACACAUUUAGAAAGCAAGUUUUGGACAUCGACUUCAUCAUGCUUCUUGAGACUAUUGGACAGUUUAAAAACAAACCGACCUUCACGAGAAAUAGAACGCCCGAGAACAUAGUGAAUAAAAUCAAAUCGAUGAUCCAACAAUGGGGCAAUAAGUUCCCAAAUGAACUCGCAGAGUACGAUUUCCUCUACGAGAAGUACAAACAACUUGGAAUUAAGUUUCCAGAAAUGUCCCCCGUCAAAGGAGUCAACCCAGCAAAUGCAGAACAACUCCCACAAGAUAUUAAAAAAUUGAUUGCGACGUGUAAAGUGAAAGAAAAGGAGAUCCAAGACACUAUUAAAUCAGCAACACACGUCGAAGAACUCAUUCAAUUGUACAGAGAAGUCACCGACUUGAAUUGCCAACUCGUCGACUCACAAACUAAAAUCAUCCAAAAGCGUGCACUCUACGACUCGGAAAAGGUCGACAAACUUAACGCUUUCGUCGAUAACUACCAAUCGUGUUUACAAUUACUCGCAAACCAAAUUAAUAUCAAUAGAACUUAUCACAUCACUACUACAGUCCCACCAGUAGAACACGGCGCAAGUCCUUUUGUCGAAAGUGAAAACCCAAAGGACAUCAUCGCAGAUAGACGUAUCGGGAUUCUGCCUGGAGAAAAGGCCCCUGUUAUUAAAAACCCAGUCGGACUGUUAAAACCACCCCCUUCAAAUGGAAUACCACUCAUCAGUCCCGUCCAUAGAACAGUGUCUAUGUAUGAAGACGAAUUUAACAAACAAGUCAUCGUCUCGUCCGAUUCGUAUUUCUCAACAGACUCUUUGGGAACAGAAAACGUCAAUGAAGAUACUGACUUCGAGACUCCAUAUCUGCUUUGA